AUGGCUAAUGAUAAAAGGUUCUUUAUAUUUAAGUUCUCCACUGAAGCUGAAUGUAAUAAUAUCUUAGCUAAUGGACCAUGUAUGGUGAUGGGGAAACCAUUAUUCCUGAAAAAAUGGCACAAAGGUAUGGAAAUGAGUAAAGAAUCAUGUAGAUUCAUUCCCCUUUGGAUCAGAUUUUACAAUAUUCCCUAUGAGUAUUGGACAGCUAAAGGUUUCAGUCGUGUGAUAAGUGCUGUGGGAAGACCUUUAUUUGCUGAUAGGCUUACUGAAAGCAAAGCAAGACUCAGUUAUGCUAGACUAUGUGUGGAAGUGGAUGCCACUAAACCCUUUGUUGAAUCUUUCCAACUGAAGGCAGCUAAUGGAAUUUUGUUUGACAUUAUGGUCUGUUCAUCUUGUUGUUGUUUUGGGCACCUUAGUAAUAUAUGCCCUACCAAACAGACCAUAAGUAGAAUAGUUAUGGAAAGGAGUUCUCAACCAGUUGAAGUAAUGAAUGUUAGCCAUGAGGACCACAUUACUAAUGUUGCUAGGGAUGAUACUGCUGAUGUCAAUAGGGUGGAGACCUUACAAGUUGUGUCUGAGAAUGUUAUUGAGCGGGAAGUGAGCACUAAGGAGAUGGAAAGUUUAGAGAUUCCAAAUCAAGAGGUGGUUAUUCCUGCUAUUGAAUUGAGGACUGAUGGAGGGUUGCUAGAGAUGCCUAAGGCUAACCAUGUGGAAAAGGGGACACAUGUUGUUUUACCUAGCUGUUCUAGCUCCACAUGCUCCUCUAGUUCAAACCAGUGUAAGGACAAGGAGGACCCUGAGGUCACAAAGCAGAAAACUAAGAAGAAGAAAAAGAAGAAGGGAGGUGAAUGCCCUAUUGUACCUGUGUCAGGUUUUCCAGGGCUUCUACACAACUACCCCUCCUCUAGUCUUGGUAUGAUCUUAAUCCUGUAUGACCCUAUCAAACUUAAAGUUCAGAAGCUUUCUUCUAAUGUACAAGCUAUUCACUACAGUAUAACCACUAUUGAGGAUCACACUCAUUUUUUUGUGUCUGUUAUUUAUGCUUUUAACCCUGUUGUGCAAAGGAUCUCCCUGUGGAAUGACAUUAGAUCUCAAGCUAGGAGCUUAUCUCCCUCCCCAUGGGUCCUCUGUGGAGACUUCAAUGUUAUUAAACAUCCCAAUGAAAAUGCAGGUGGUUACGUUUGGGAGCAAAAUGUGCAUGGUAAUAUUAUGUUCCAGGUGGUUUGUAAGUUGAAGAUGCUCAAGAUCAAAUUGAAAGCCUUAAACAAGAAGGAGUUCAGUGAGAUUUCCAAAAGGGUUAUUGAAACUAAAAAUGCUUUGAGUGCUGUUCAGAUUGCUCUUGAUGGUGAUCCUGCUAAUGUGGAGCUCAGAAGUAGGCAGAAGAAUCUUUUUCAAAGUUUCCAUGAUUUGUCUGUAGCUGAGGAACAAUUUUUCAUGCAAAAGUCAAGGGUUAAAUGGUUGAGUGAUGGAGAUAAGAACACUAGCUACUUUAUGAAGACUUUCAAUGCUAUGUGCAACAAAUCAAGGAUUACUAGGCUCAGGCUUGCCUCAGGGAUUCAAGCCUUAAAGGAAGUUAAUAGUAAAGUGGUUCCUGACCAGCAUCUUAAUUCAUUGACUGCUAAUCCAUCUCUUGAAGAGAUCAAGGGCUAUUUUUUUGGGCUGAGUGAUAAAAAAUCCCCUGGACCUGAUGAGUUUAAUGCAGUUUUCUUUAAGAAAACAUGGCCUGUGGUGGGCAAUGAUGUUGCUAUGGCAGUCAGAGAAUUUUUUGUUAAUGGGAAAAUUUUGAAGGAGAUUAACUAUACUUAUCUUGCUCUGGUCCCAAAGGUUCCCAAUCCAACUUCUUUGCAGGAUUUCAGACCUAUUUCCUGUUGUAACACCAUCUACAAGGUUAUAUCCAAGCUUUUGGCUAAGAAAAUUCAACCUAUUCUUCCUCACCUUAUUGAUAAUUACCAAACUGCCUUUAUUAAACAUAGAAGAAUUGGUGAUGGAGUGUUUAUUGUUCAAGAACUCAUGAAAGGGUACACAGGCCAAGUUUCUUCUCCAAGAUGCACCCUUAAGGUUGAUAUCCACAGAGCUUAUGAUACUGUUUGUUGGGAGUUUUUGGUGGAUUGUCUUAAAGUCCUCAACUUCCCUCCUAUGUUUAUCCAGUGGAUCAUUGCAUGUGUCACCACAACUGCCUUCUCUGUGGCUAUCAAUGGUGAGAUGGUUGGUUUUUUCAAAGGAGCUCAAGGUUUAAGGCAAGGGGACCCUAUUUCCCCUCUCCUGUUUGUUCUUAUUAUAGAUGUGUUAUCUUCUACUAUCAUUAAGUCCAUCAAUGAGAGUUCCCAAUUCUCCUACCAUUGGAGAUGUAGAGCAAACCAAAUUUUCCAUUUGUGUUUUGCUGAUGAUGUCAUUUUGUUUUGCCAUGGGGACCUCUAUUCUCUUGAUGUGUUGAUCAAGAGUUUUGAUUCAUUCUCUAAGCUUUCUGGUUUAAAGCCUAAUUUGGCUAAAAGCAACAUCUUUACUGUUGGAGUGAAUGAAGAAACUCAAAAUACCUUGGUUAAUGGCUCUGGAUUUGUUGUUGGCCAGUUCCCAUUCAGGUAUUUGGGUCUCCCUAUUACUGCCUCAAGACUCUCAACUACUGACUGCAAGGUGCUUGUGGAAAGGAUCAUUGCUAGAAUAUCUAGUUGGACUUCUAGAUUUCUAUCCUAUGCUGGUAGAUUACAGCUCAUAAAGGCCACCCUUAUCAAUAUUCACUCUUAUUGGGGGAGACACUUCAUCCUUCCUAUGCAGCCUAAGGUCUAUGGAGGGCUUGGGCUGCCUAAUCUUACUGCCUUAAAUAGAAUUGUUAUCUUGCAACAUAUUUGGAAUUUGUUCUAUGAUGGAGGCCAAUCUCUAUGGUAUCAGUGGGCUCAUAGUGUCCUAAUUAAGGAGAAAAGCUUUUGGAACAUCAAAGUUAAUAAACUAAGUUCGUGGAAUUGGAGAAUGCUUCUUAAGCUGAGAGGUUUAGCUAGACAAUUCAUCAAGCACCAGGUGGGGGAUGGAGCUGAAACCUUCCUAUGGUUUGACUAUUGGCUACCUACUGGUCCUAUCAAUUUGAGAGUUGGAAAUGAUGUUAUAUCUAAUUCUAUGUGGGAUGCUAAUUUCAAGGUUAAGGGUUUCAUUAGACAUGGCCAAUGGAGUUUCCCUCCUCUUUUCAGAAACUUAACUAACAUGGUUGAUGACCCUCCUCCAAUCAAUGAUGAUGGUAGGGAUAAGGUGAACUAUGUUCAGCAUACUUGUGGAUUCUAUUGUGGUGAACAUAGCCUGACCUUCAUUGCGAGAUGGAUUGACAAUGUUUGGAAUGAUAAGUGUAACUCUAUGGAUGCUGUAAUUGCUAGACUCUAUUUCUCUGUGGCUAUCUACUUUAUAUGGAAAGAAAGGAACAAACGUACAUAUGCAGGCAAGUACUCUGCUCCUUAUAUUGUUUGGAAGUUCAUUGAGGACUGCAUUCGUGGUCGGCUUCUCUCCUUGAGGUUCAAAGAUACUAGGAUUUCUCGGACUGUGGCGGCUGAUUGGAGACUUCCUAGUUUGGUUAUUAACAGUGCUAGUGCUGGUGAUUAA